UAACGGCACAUGCGGCUACAGGGAACAAGUACGGACACAAAUACAUACUGAUCAACCUAACCUGGAAAAAAGAAACGAGUAUCAGACCCGUGCAAUUGAACACAAUGACAAUACGCCAAACAAACACAUGUACACAGACAACCAACUUUAUAGAACACUUAACAAUGUUCGAACAUUUGCCACUGAUGAUCCACUAUACUCUAAAGUUGGGAAAGAUGCCAUUAGUGCACCUUCAAACACGGCAAACAGACAGUACUCAGUUGAUCACGACGAUAUCUUAUUCGCCAUGAAUACAAACGAUGAUACGCUACACUAUCGAUUACGCAUUGGAUACAACAAUGACAAGCUAAAUUCAGAUGCUGCUAAGAGCGAUCCAGUUUAUUCGGUCUGCAAAAAGGGUGCCGUCCAAAAAUCUUACGUUGGUUCGUCUGAUACAAGUAUUGGUAUCGAUGACUCGCUCUCUUCAGUAGAUGGAAGGGAGAGAAACAUAGAUAUGCAUGGGUAUGAAUGGAACAAUACAUUACCACAAACGCCGAUGUGUUCCACGACCAAUAUCCCUACUGAUAGCGAAGUUAUCGAGAACAACAAACAUGCUGUUGAUGGCGUAGAUGAUUCAACCACAGAACAAAACCCCUAAAUAUACGGACCGUCACGUGAAGUCAUGACUGAAACACAUCAAUUCCAUCAUUUUAGAACAGUCUAUCCAUAAAACGCAACAAGAUAGCCAUUGAUGUGAGGCAUCAAAGCGACGCCGUAACACAAGUAAACAGGAGUUAGUCGCAAAAAAUUGCUUCUCGGCGUAAUAUGUGUUGGGCAACGCAUUUAAAGAUACUGAAAUGUAAACAAGCUGACAAAAAGGCACAUGUAUUGAAGAGAAUUGAAGUUGAGGUGACGUGUCGAUAGACUGUUUAAAGUCAAGGACAAUGAGUGUUACAAAAGGAAUCACACAAUUGAUAUACUACGCUCUAUUUUUCUCAAUAUGGGUACUUUGUCUGUACACAAUUUAGACAAUUAUUACCGCGAAAAGGAUCUGUUAAGUUUCGAUUUAAAUACGUUCUCAUUUUGUUGUAAUUUCGACUGAAUUGAAUGUUAAGAGAAUAUAUAUCUUUAAUACGAAACUCAACGUAAAUUCGCAUACCAAGAAAAACAAUAUCUCUUAAUCUGAAUUUCAUAAAGUCACACAAUGCCGUAUUCUAGAGUGAGAGUUCAAAGUAUUGCACUUCCGUUCAAUUAAAUACGGAUCUUAUACUUUAUUGUAAGUGGAUCACGUAUGAAAUAUAAACUUAAACACUUUGUCUUUAAUUUCCGUUACAUUUUUAAGGCAAACAGCCAACAAAAUUCUAGCAUUUUCAUGUGAUAUAUACUAUUUGUUCUUAUGAUAUUUUAUUGUGAUUAAGUAUUGCGUUCAUGCCAUUUAUUUGAAAUUUAAAAUGACGUCCACUUAAUCCUUCACAUUUU